GCGGGGCAUUUAAUUGAUGUUAUCCUUGUCUGUAUAGGUUAUAUUCAAACAUGGACAUAAUGCUGGAGCUUUGUAAUCGCCGAAUAAAAAAUUGCGAUUUACUUGAAAGCGUAAUCACUCAUGAAGAUUCACUAGGAAGUGAUGUUGAUAAGACUGAUGUGUUGGAGAAAAAUGUUGUUGCAGCAAUUAAUACAAAGCUCGAACGUGCAGAAAGUCAUCUACAGGGUUUAAAUUUAUUGUAUCAGUUUUUGCCUAGAAUAUCUAAAGAUUCUUUGGUUAACAAUUUUCCUCGCUGGAUUUCCAAAGUUACACAGAUUUUGAAUAAUGCACAUGCUAGUUCAAUUGAAAUAGUUUGCCAAACUACAGGAGCACUGGUUGCAAAAUGCAAAAAGAUACCUGAACUUGACAAAAAUGUUUCUAUAAACAAUGUCAAGCUCAUCAUUAAAAUUUUAGUUCAACGAUAUGAUCAGGAUAACGAUGGAGCACUGCUCAAUUUACUCAUAGUUUUGCUUUACCACUAUCCAGAAUCAUGUGCACGGUUGCAGGGACAUUACAACAAAAUUAUUACUGCAUGUAUUGAUGAUAUUAAUGAUGAUAUAAUAAUCACUGGUGCAAAAUGUUAUACGCUAUUAGUAAGAGCACUUGAGCGUUCAUUCAACAAUUUGCCUAAAAAUGAACCAAUUAUAUUUCCUGACAAUGUCUUUGCAAGUUGCCAUGUUUCUCAUCAAAUUGAUUUAUGCCAUAAUUUAUGUAUGUUGAUGGAUGAAUUAUUUCAAGACUUAAUAUCAGUGUCUGUAGAAUUUCCUAAUGUAACUCAAAAUAAUACUAAAAUCAUUAAUUUAGAAUUAAGUGAAUUAUCUCGACAUAAUUUGAUUGAUUACUUUCGAGCUGCUCAAAAUAGAUUUACCAACAUAUGUAUCUACUUAUCAACGCUGUUAAAAAUUGGCGGAAAUGGAAGAAAGAAAUAUGUAUUACCAAAUCUUAUACUCCAAGUGAUUUGUAAAGGCUUGGCAAUAACUCCUGCUAAUUUACAAGAAAAUGACAAUAACGAAGAUAGGAAAAGAGAGUUUUUAAUAUCAAUUUUGCCUGCAUUCCACAUUAGCUUGCUCAAUGUUCUUGGAGAUUUGAUAUUGUGUUUCCAACAAGAAUUGCUGCCCUUUGCUUUGACUAUUCAAAGAUUAAUAGUGCAAACUCUGGAAUGGACACAGAAAUGCUACAAACGCUUCAAAGACAUUAGAAUAUUGGCAUACAAAACUUUAACAACAUGGUUAAAGCAAGCAGGAACUUUAUCAGGAUUUCAAUUAGUAGCUGACGAAUUUUUGCCGCACAUACUCAAUGACCUAUCGCCGCCCAGCAAGAAAAGCAUUGUAUUGACUUCAAAUAAAGGCACUAAACGAAAAUCGAAGACUCAAAACUCAAAAAGCACGCAAACUACAAGUAAUAAAGAUUCAGAAAUAUCGCUUUAUUCCGAUAUGGAAUUGUGCUCCCAAGUUUUGUCGACCACGCAAGCUAUUGUGUCAAAUGCAAAUGUCUUUUUAAAACAAUCAUUUUACAUCGAAAUUCGAAAUGCAACAGUGUUAUUAUUGUGCGAACAAUAUACCAAGAAAGAAUAUUUCCCGGUGUCUUUAGAAAAUACAGAGUACCGACUUCAACUAAUGAAAACUCUUCAAGUAUUAGGUCUAUUUAUACACGUUUCAACCCCUCCGCCUACCGCAAUUGCUAUAAAGAUGUUUGGAGAAGCUAUGCAACAGGCAGAUCCAGAUAUAAGAGAAGAGGCAAAACUCGGUUUUGCCAUGUUGCGUCACAUAAUUUAUCCUUCUUCACCUUCAUUGAUGCUUCCAGUAUACGAACCUCAGGUUUUUUCGCGACCUUCCUCACCAAUGGAAGUCGUUCAACACGAAAAUCUCAUUUUUUCUUCUCAUAUGAAGCGGUGCCAUGAAGUAUCGAAAGACGACGUUGGCGAUUCGGCGGAACCGUCAAAACGACAGAGAGCCAGCCAACAAGAAUCUACCGAUGCAACGGAUCUGUUUUCCGGUGUGCCACGAUGCCAUCCAGUAUCCAAAGACGACAUUGGCGAUUCAUCUGAAUUGCUUAAACGACAGGAAGCUAGCGAACAGGAAUCUACUGAUGCAACGUUUGUUCAGCAAUUAACGAUAGAAAAUGAAAUUUCAAAUAUUGAAAUCUCGACAUCGACUGAAAAGUCCCAAAUAGAUGCUUCAGCAACAAAGAAAAUUCCAAUCAAUAGAAUUUCCAGUGAGCCGCCCGAUUCAACAAACGUCAGUUUGAAAGCUGCAAAUGUCAAUGAGAAACUUGAAACAGAUGAUGAUAUGCUAAUGUCGUUCUGUGAUGAGCCAAUUUCAUAAAAUUAACAAGUAGCAAUCGAGUGGAUAUUUUUUUCGUAUGUUAUCGGUUAUUAAAUUUUGUAAAAAUAAAGUAUUUUCGUAAUAUGAAAACUAAACGCAU